CUUGAGGCAAAAAACACUACAACCAAUCGAUCGUGUUUGAACAAGGGAGUGAGGGACACCGUUGACAUGAUUUACUGGCUCUGUUGAUUAUUUACUAAAAACUAGAGAAAAUAUGAUAUGUCGUGCCCUGACAACGACCUGCAAGGGCACCAGUGAUGCCCGCGACUGCCGCGUCGGCUUACCAGGAGCGAGCGAUCCCUACGCACGAGCAGAGCCAAUGCCCAAAACGACCUCGAACCCGCUCACGCCCUCCACAUCCUCUGAAGCGCUACUUCACACUCUUGUGAGACCACCACCAAGUGCUUUAUUACGCGAUCACGUGGAGGAAAUCAAACCGCUUUUGAUACCAUUUUCCACGAAUGAUGAAGACCAUACUAACAGGGAUCACACGAUCGUGCAUCCGACCAAUCUUGAAAAUGAAGAUCUUAUAGCAGAUCCACUAGAAGAAACAGUUUUUCUUGUUUCGGCGACGGACCGCGGCGAAGAAGAAGAAGAGCAUCCGCUAGUAGUUCAUCCUGGACUACAGGACGAAAAACGACAGGAGGAAAGACGAGGUGAAUCCACAUUGAGAAUAACAUCUUCGCAGAGAAGAAAUAAGAUGGGGAUGCGAAAGAAGUAG